CCGGUAACUUACCUACUUACUCUCGCACAACGUCGGCUGCUCUGCUUUCUGGUCUUUCUCUACCCUUCCGGCCAUGGAAGUAGAUCCGCUUGAUCCCGUCUAUGUCAAUGACAGGCUGUCCAAACCCCCGUUCGUCACUAUUCCAGGAGUCGUGAAUGUCCGGGACCUCGGUUCCUACCCCAGCGAGACGUUCUCUGGCUCUAUGACACGACCCGGCUUCAUCUUUCGUUCCAGCGAGAUCUCGUCUAUCACAGAAGAGGGCAAAGCGAGGCUCAAGGAGCUAGGUGUAACGACUAUCUACGAUCUGCGCUCGGAUACAGAGAUUGAAAGAUAUGAAACGCCAUCUCCUCAUGUGGACGGCGUGGAGAUUGUGCAUCUUCCUGUCUUCAAGACGGAGGAUUACAGUCCGGAAAUGAUGGCCAAGCGGUUUGCAUUGUAUGCAAGUGGCAAGACAGAAGCUUUCAUGGAAUUGUACUCGCAAGUAUUAGACAACGGUGGUCCGGCGUUCGCGACCAUACUGCGUCAUGUUCGCGACCGACCAAACGACACGUUCAUAUUCCACUGCACAGCUGGCAAGGAUCGGACCGGCGUUGCUGCUGCCCUCCUUCUGAAAGUAGCAGGCGUCAAUGACGAUGCAAUUGCCGAAGAUUACGCCUUAACGCGUGUCGGGCGGGAGCCUGCCCGUCAGAUGGUCAUGGCACGCCUCUCGCAGAUGCCCAUGUUCGCUACGAACAGUGAAGCAGCACUCAACAUGUUCACUUGUCGACAUGAAACUAUGCUGGCGUUUCUGAUGUUACUACGGGACCGUUAUGGAGGCGUCGAGGAAUACAUCAACACCCAUGUCGGGCUAUCUCCCGAAGACAUUCAGCGGAUUCGCACAAACCUUCUCGUCCCCAUCAUGGACAGCCAUUCGGACGUGCCUUCAUGAUACCCGUGCCUCACACAAUCCCGUCAUUACCAUACGAACUCCGGAAUCAUCAUAAAUCAAUGUAUCAUAAUCUGUCCUAGAAGACUAUAGUUGAAUUGACAAGUCUGAUGCGAAGUGAGGCAUAUGGACAUAUGGACUGUGCGAUUAAGGCCGGAACCUUGCAAGGGGUAUGUACAGACUUACAGUCAAUUGCGAAUAUGUUGGCACUCACAGAAU